UGUGAGUACAGGGCUACAUAUAAGGCGACGAUAGCUAGCAGACCCGCACUUCCCUUGUGACUCUCGUGCAGGCGUUUUCCUUGUGUAGUGACAAUAUGGCGAUUAUUCUCUUGCUCGUCGGCGCGCUGUGCGCUGUAAACGCAGCUCCACAGUCGUCAAGGCUCUAUCAACAGUCAGCGCAGUAUCAGCAACUAAAUCCACUUGAUUAUUAUUUAGAUAAUCAAGAAGUGAGAAACUAUUAUCAGGAAGAACAAAAACAAGUAAAUUCAAAUACUCGUAACAACGCGCCCGCACGUCUUGAAACACUGGAGCCUGAUAGUGAAGUGGAACUCAUACCGGGAGCUCAAACACCCCAGCAACCACCACAACAGACACCCGUCGCCCCCAACAUACCUGGUUUGGUUCCUGGUCAAAGAGUUUUUAUCGUACACAUGCCAGUACCUGGAAUUAGGCCCGGUACUGUUGGAGGUUACCAGCCUGUAUACAUAGUAGCGGCAGCGCCUCAAGGGAAUGCCGGAUAUCCUGGCUACCAAAACCCAGUUCUAUUAAAUCCGUCUGGCCAGGUUUCGCCUGCGCUUGGAUACCCUCAACAAGGCGUUGCUGGAGUUCAAAUUAACCCUAACUUAGGUCUGAAUCCUUAUGGGAACCAAGCAUUUAACUUUGGUUAUCACCAGCCGAUACUAGCGUUCCAACCCCAAGCAGGAGAUGUACCCGGUGCUUUACGCUUCUCACAAGUCGUAUCUCUUCAAGGACAAGUUCAACGAACGAAUCAGGAACAACAAGACAGUGAAAAAUCUGCCAAAAUUGCCAGUCAAGUGACGAUGGAGACGAAGGAACACGCUCAAAACGCCAAACCAACUCCAAUCAAUAACAAAGCUUAGACAAUUUUCGCUAACGUUUCUUUUCCCAAAGAUUUUCUUUAUUUGUAUUUUUAGUCGUGAAUAAAUAAAAUGUAAGAUAUCAAACGUAUAUAUUUCCUUGAUUUUUACAGUAAUUUUGAUAAGUUUCAAAUUUUUUAAUUUUUAAACGCGUACAGAAUGAUUAACGAAUUUAUAAUAAAGUGAACGUCUGUAUGUUUAUGUUACUCUUUGAUGAACGUGGUGAACACCAUCGCUGCUCGGGCGCGCCGCUCGCUGCUACUUCACACCGAUGCCGAUGUUUUGGUUUGUUCACUUUAUCAAGAGAUGGCGCGAUUCGUAACAUGUUUUCUUUUAUUGAUUUUUAUUUUUUAAUAUUCGACAUGAAUUUUUAUAAAAUUGUUAUUCCUUUGCUAUAUUUUUUUCUAAUUUAUUAAUAGUUUCCUCUCAAUAGAAAUAGAGUCACUACAACGUUGUUAAAUAUUUUGCUGAUAACUUUCAAAUAUGUCAUGUCUUGUCUUUGAGUAAAUAAUUCGUACCUGAUUGUAUUUUUAAAUAAAUGUAAAUAAAAAUGUU